AUGACGCAAAUUCAUCCUAAAAGAUCUUUGGAUUCAGACCCCCAUCAUCAGCAACAACAACACCAAUCGAACCAAUCUAACCCACUAACACAAAACACAAAUCCUUCUCCUCCUUCCAAGUCUAACAAAGCAGGUGAAACGAACAAGAAAUUACAAACCACUCACGAAAAAGGAAAAGCCUCUUCUUCUUCUUCCUCAACCACAACCACAACAACAAAAACAGCAUCUUUCUUAUUAAAAAGGUUUGAGCAAUUGCCCCUCUCGAUCAAGUUAUUCCUCAUCGUUUUGAUUUCCAUGUUCUUUCUCCUACUCUUCUCGGGUGUGAUUUUGUACUAUACCUCCUCGCAUGUUCAAUCCUCAAGUUUCAUGAUCCAACUUUCUCGUUGGAAUGCUCUUCUUAAUGAUUUGAUUCAAUGUACUCAACAAGAGAGAGCUCAUUCCUCGUUCAUUCUGGCCUCCGCUUCUUCUUCUUCUUUGAAUUUCACGACACAAAACAACAACAACGCUACCACCACCACCAUGGACUCUUUCAAUUUAACGACAUUAGAUCCACAUCAUGGUUUACAAGUGGCUCAAUCUGAAACGGAUCAAGUGUUAAAACUCUUACUGGAACAGAAAACAAAUGUGCACAAGUCUCUGCAAGAAACAACAACAGCUAAAACAUCCACUACCACCACAGAACCAUCACAUCCUUUUAGGAUCCUCAUAGACCGUUUGGACAACGAGUUUCUUCAAGAAUUGAAACAACAACGAGAGAAGAUGCUGUCCUCUCUACAACGAUCGAGUAAUGAAAUUAUUGACUUCUUCUCGAAAUGGAAUCGAGAAAUUAUGUUCACGAUGUAUGCUUUGAGUUAUUUCAUUCAAGAUCCAUCCUAUUUAACACUUCACUUGUCCUUUCACACCUUGAUGUAUAUGAAUGAACUUUUAGGACAAGAACAAACGAUUGGAAAUCAAAUUCUUUCCUCUCAAAACAAGACUGAAGACGAUUUACUUUCACUCCGGCAAUGGAUUCAUCAUUUUCAAGCACAACGAUCCCUCCUUGAAAACAACCUUUUAACCAAUGAGAGAAUUUGGAAUGUUUUCGAGAGGGAUGUUUUACAUCAUCCAGUGUUUGCCUCAUGCAUGGACAUGGAAGAACAUUUGAAAAACCACCAAGUUAACCUUUCUCAAUGGACUUUUCAGGAAUGGCACACUAACAUGACACUUCACAUGUCGAAUCUUGAUCAAGUGACAGUUUGGACAAGGACACUCUCAGAAGAAUACCUCUCGACUCUCCAUGGACGAAAUAUUGGUCUUUUAAUUUUAUUCCUGUCAUGGGAAAUGAUUGGAGCGUUCGUGGUCAUUGGUUUUUCUCUCGCAUGUUCACACUCCAUCAUGAAGUCAUGGCAAAAACUUUCAGACCUUGUGCGACAACAAGAACUUUACAAAAGUUUUAUUCCUUCUCAUGUGCUUCUUCAAAUCGAAGCCAAUAAUAAUAAUAACAACAACAAUGACGAAGAAGACAUGGUGGAAGAACAUCGUGUUUCCCAAUCCAAAGAAGAAGUGAAAUCAAGGGCUUCCAACAACACGGAGAGCCAUACUGUUCGAUCCUCAACAGAUGGAAAGCAUCAAAAAUACAAACAAGAUUUGGCAGCUCGUUUUGAACUAUAUCUGGACAGAAAACGAGUGUCCAUGCUUCAAUUGAAAUUCAAGGGAUUGGAUGAAAUUUUAGACUUCAUUUCACCGAAUGAAAUUGUUGAAAUUCUCAAAGAUGUGUUUGAAAAAGUUCAGCAUGCAACCAAAGCAUCACAUGGAGUACUUGAACUUUGGAAAGACGAUAGUGUGACCAUUGUCUUCAAUGCAUCUAAAGAUCAACAUCGUCAUGAGCAACGGGCAAUCAAAACUUGCAUGGAGUUGAAUUUUCGAUUGAGAGAUUUGCAAAAAUCGAAAUGGUUGUCCAAUGUCAAAACUCAAUUUUUAAUUUUAGCUUCCUCUCACUUGGAAUUCAGAUUUGCCAUUCAUUCUCAAGAAUGUCUUUGUGGAAAUAUAGGAUCCUCUGAUUUAAGGUCUUUCAAAAUUUUGGGCUCCAUCUAUGAGAAUCUUUCUCGAUUAAUCUCUUUCGCAGACCAAAUGGAAGUUCGAGUCGUGUGUGAUGAAAAUUUUUCCAAAAUUGCACAAACCAUGUUUCACACGAGAUAUGUGGGAGACACUGAAAUGAUGGAGGAAGGCAAUAUUGCACAAGAAUGUAACAUUUAUGAGAUUGGAGCACCACUGAAUGUUAGUGAAGAUGAGUGGUUAUACGAAUUGGCGAACAAACAAAAGAAUGAUGAAUGGCAGGAUUAUAAUGCCGCUUGCAAAGAAUUCUUUGCUCACAAUUAUGAACAGGCGCUUGUAAAGUUUUUGGAGCACUCUAAAAAGCACAGGAAUGACUUGGCAACAGAAAAUAUGAUCGCGCUAUGUCGAAGAAAUUCCAGAUGA